UCGUGGUUGUGGAGAGUCACCUGCCCGACCGAGUCAUGAGGCAGUUUGGACUACGCCAGACUAUCCCACAGGGGUGUGACACUAGUGUACAGCUUCACGGCAUUGAUCGUCGGGGAAAGGGGGAGACCAGCUGGGCGCUGGAGCAUUGGCGUUUCCUUCAGCUAUGGGAGCAACGGUUGGAGUUCAUCGUUGGAGGUGAUCUAAUGCAGGGGGCUAUGGAUCCCGACGAUCCGUACAUGGUGUGGUACAGGCGUAUCACACGACGCUUCAUCAACCCCAGCUACGCACCACCAUCCACACAUUACCAUCCAGCAUAUGACAUCAUUAGCGGAUAUGCGGCGGAUAUGGUGGCGAUGGUUGAUGCGCUAUCAGUCUCCCUUGAGUGCGGACCCACUAGAGCCCAGGUCGAGCAGGUGCGAGAUAUGGGCGUCGCUACCUUACGGAGAUAUGGUCACGCUCAUCUCGCCCACCGGCGGGACGGUCAUGAUGGCAACUCACAGUUCGAUCUCGGCCAGAGCAGCGGUGGAUGUGAUCCUACGUCACCCAGACACGCAGAGGAUUACAACAUCCACAGUACUGCGCCCUCUGGUACCCAGGAGGACCCCUCGUCCAGUCAGCUGACUCCCCCACCGCCCCGAGACCCAUUCACCACCGUCACUCAUUACAGGCGGCGACGUGUCAGACGGAGGGCCGACACUCAGGAGGCAGGACCUUUACCCCGAAUAAAUGAGUCGGGCUAGUAUUAUCUGUUGUAUUCCCUGUUAUUUUGUGUAAUGAUGUACAUAACACUUAUGAAAUUAAUAUAAUAAAUCUUUUUUGAAUGACUCCGUGUGUGCUUUGAAGUUAAUUUGGUGGUUGGACUGUUGUUGGGCUGUUUCGAGUUUUCUGCAGUGCUUAAAGUUGACGGAACUCCCAGAAUAUGGUGGUGGUACGUGGUGGGGAGUGGCGGAGUUGGUGGUCGACGGUGGUGGGGUAGGGCUGUGGAGCUGGCUGUUGUGGUGGCUGUUGGAGGACUGCAGCAUGCAAGCUGUUUGCUGAAGCUUGUUUUCUGCCUGGAUGCUGGUUGCUGUUUCCAGCAGAAAAGCGCUGUCUGAGACAGCGCUUUAUGUUCAAGCAUAAAGCGCUGUCUGAGACAGCGCUUUAUGUUG